GUAAUUUGCAUAUUUCUAGCGCAGCUGUCAUGGCGGACGAAAAACAGCAGACAAGUGCCAUUUUUAAGAGGCACGAACAAUUGAAAAGAUGGGAAGAUUCAGACACAAAUAAGUGCUUAAACCAUACUUUAGGAAAAGAUAAAAAAGUGAAGUUUCAAGAUGGAUGUGUAUUUUUAGCCGCUUGUUCUAGCGGGGACACUGAAGAAGUGAAAAGGUUACUCGACAGAGGAGCUGAUAUAAACACUGCAAAUAUCGAUGGUUUGACAGCCUUACAUCAGGCAUGUAUAGACGACAAUCUGGAUAUGGUAGAGUUCCUAGUGGAACAUGGAGCUGAUGUUGAUGUUUGUGAUAAUGAAGGAUGGACACCUCUCCAUGCCACUGCCUCCUGUGGCUUCACAGAAAUAGCUAGAUAUUUAUUAAGAAAGGGAGCAAAUGUAGCAGCAGUUAACAAUGAUGGGGAUUUACCAUAUGAUAUAUGUGAAGAUGAUACCAUGGAAACGUUGUUGCAAGAAUCCAUGGAUGAGCAAGGAGUUGAUGCGGAUGCUGCGAGACGUGAAGAGGAAGAUCUCAUGAUGGAAGAUGCUAACCAGUGGUUAAACACUGUACAAAAAGGGGAGUCAAUAGAGGAAUUUAAACACCCAAAAACAGGGGCCACUGCUCUUCAUGUAGCAUCAGCAAAGGGCUAUGUCAAAGUUAUGACUGUGUUACUGCAAGCAGAAUUUGAUAUAAAUGCUAAAGAUACAGAUGGUUGGACGCCCCUACAUGCAGCAGCUCACUGGGGACAGGAGGAAGCUUGUAAAAUACUCGCAGAAAACAUGUGCGAUAUGGAGGCAAAGAAUCUGGCUGGCCAGACAGCUUUCGAUGUGGCAGAUACAGAAUUGGUGAAGCUACUGGAGGAACUCAAGUUAAAACAGGCAUCUCUAAAAGACCAACAGAAAGACCUACAGAUUAUACAGACUAGGUUACCAGCGUCACGGAGAAGCCGUAACGAUCCUGCCAGGAGCUCAGUAACACGUAUGAGUGUUGAACAGAAGCAUAAUGUGAUGAAGAGUGUUGACGGGCAGGAGCGGGGAACUCUUGAUGUGAUCCCGCCAGAGGAAGAGAAGGCAAAAAGUAGUUCCAGCUCGUGUAGCGAGGAGGAGGAAACAUCGUCCACAGAAUCUGAAACAGAGAAAAAGAAUGAAAUCAACAAAAAGUCGUCUCAACAGAAUCAGCCACGGGACCGGGACAAGCCCCCAAUUAUGACAACCGUGGAAAUUAAAGAGAAACAGACCCCAGAAAUGCCCAAAAUUGAGGAGUCUGAUGUACCGUCAGAGAAAGAAAAUAUUAAAUUUAUGGACGAUGAAAAUGAAGAGAUUAAGAAUGAACUUAAGAAAGAGACAGAAGUUAUAGGUGAUGGUCUCAAGAAAGACAAGAUAUUCAAUAAUGACAAAAAGGAAAUUCAGAAGGAGGAGAAGGAUCAGAACAAGGUGAAACCAGAGAAAAUUGAGGAUACGUUAAAAAAUAAGGAAAUUGUAAAUAAUAACAAAGAAGAUAAGAAAGAAGUUGACCUUAAUGAGGAGAAGAAAAAAGAGGUCAACAAAGAUACUGAAAAGGUCAAGGUCAAUGAAAAGGUCAAGGGGACUGAAAGUGAUAAAGAAACACCAUUGAUAGAAAAUGUUGCUCCUAAAAAGGAUCGAGAGGGUCUGAAGCGAACCGUCAGCGCUCCGCCAAGCGUGACAGAGGUACCAAAGAUUUCCAUUAACAAGAAAUUAUUGAGAGACGACAAUAAGGGUGAGAAUGAGAUUCCCUCGUGGCGGCUUGGCCUGCGGAAAACCGGCAGUACAAGCAUGGUUCCGCAUGACUCGUCAGUGAGUAAGCCAAUUGAAGAGGAUAAAAAUUUACCUCGGUCCGCUUCGAGUCCAAGAAUUGGUGAGGAGGAUGAAAAUAAGAAAAAUGAAAAGAAUGAUAAACCUGUUACCAGACGCCCAUAUCUCAGUUCUUCCUCAUUUUCGACUGCCGACAACAACAACUCUAGUGUAAGCGAAAGACUUCAGCGAUGGAGAAGAUCACAGGGUCUAUCAAACCCGUACCGCUACUCUGCCGGGUCCGGUCUUAACUCCACAACAUCCUAUCAGUCCUCCUAUAUCCCCUAUUACAAACGACAACAGCUUGAAAAUGAACGAAAAGAGCGGGAAAAGGCAGACAAAGAAGCGGAAAAUAAGGAGAAUAAUAGAAUAUCAGCGCCAACAUCACUGCCAGUAUCAACUACGUCCUCCACUAUCUCAACAACAACAACAACAUCUGGUUCAACUACUAUCACUACCCCAACAUCCUCAUUUACUCAUUAUCGGAAGUCGUACGAGCCGCCAAAAAGAGAUGAGGAGACUGAGAUGUUAAGAAAAGUUCGAGCCAAACGUGCAAGAGAAACUAGGAGGUCUACUCAAGGUGUCACUCUUGAGGGCCCCUCCAUUGACCCUGUGAAACACUCAUCGGCCACCACGACGGAUCGCACAAAAUUAUCUAGUGAAGAUAGAAAAUCUCAGGAUACAACUGACUCUGUAAAUAAAGACACUAUAUCUCGUGAUAGGGACAUUAGCAGUCGACUAUCUGCGGAUGUUUCUAGUAAUUUACGACGGACAAAUUCCGCUCUUGAUUCAGAUAGCUCCUCUUUGUCUUCAUGGCGUCGUUCACGUGAUAUAGAAGGAAGUAAAAAAGACGAUGAUACGGCUACAAGAAGUAGUAGUUUUCGACGGUCCCGCGCGGAAAGAGAUCUUACCAGUAGUGCUCCUUCUAGUAGCUUCUAUUCCACAGAUUCAACAAAAGUACCUCGAAAUCGUUCAGAUCGUGCUGAACGAAAUGCCUUAUCAGUAGCAGAUAUAGGAAAUACUAGUCUAGGUGGAAGUGUUAAUUUAACUAGGUCAACAUCUUUACGAACGGAUAGAUUACGAUCAACAGAGGACGAUGCUAGCAGAGUUGAAUUACGUCGGGAAAGAGAAAAAGAUCGCGAAAAAGAGAAAGAAAAAGAAAUAGAUAAAGAUGACAAGGGUGAUAAAGAUGACAAACGUCCCGAGUCAGCAGCUAUACGCAGUCGUAGAAUGCGACGGGAGCGAAGAUCUACUGGUAUAGCUAAUUACACUCCAGAGAAUAAAGAUGAUGAAGAUGAAAAAGACAAAGAAAAUAAAGAUGACAAUAAAGAUGAAAUCAAAACAGAAGUAGCAGAUGAUAAGACAACAGAACAGAAAUAUGCUAGGUGGAGAUAUUUAGCUAGUGCUGAUUAUUGUGUGGAAAUUAUGUCUUAUGGUGGCGGUUCAUACCGCUAUAGCCCGUUAACAAAGUAUGCCGGAAGCUCGAAUCAUGGUCACUAUGGUAGUAGCCAUUCAUUGAACAGUUACACCCCUAGCAGUUUGUACAGCAGUCAGCCAAGUUCUUACGGGGUAGGGAGCUCGUACGGGGGAGCUAGUGCAUACAGUUCUGGACCUACUUCGGGAUACGGGUCAGGAUAUAGUUCAAGGUCGGGAUCAACCAGCAGUAUAUCGAGUCUUGGCUCCACAGGGUAUGGAGCUAGUUCAGUGCCAUAUAGGAGUUCCCGAUACAACAGAUAUGGUUCAACUUCAGAUGUGCCGGGACAUCUUACCACCACCAGACCUAGUUCUUACAGCGAGUAUUCAAGAUCUUCAACCUCCUUAGAUAAAGACUAUAAAAAGUUAUAUGAAGAUGAAAAAGUAGAAAAAGACAGAUUAAAAAGGGAGUUAGAACAAUGUAAAAAGGAAUUACGUGAGGCAAAACUAGAAUUAGAUAGACAAAUGAAGAAAAACGAGGCCAAUAGAGUAUCAGAUACCAAUGAUAAAAGGGAGAGAAGGGCAUUAGAACGAAAAUUGUCAGAAUUAGAAGAAGAAAUUAAGAAAAUGGAUCAAUUAAAGGAAGACAACCGUCGGUUACGGGAAGAGAACGGUGCUCUCAUACGCGUUAUAAGUAAACUUUCGAAAUAGUCAUGUUACAACUCUCUUAGUCUUGUAAUGUAUUAACUUAGUAUGAACAGUCCCUGAUAAUGCCUACUAUGAUAUUUUAUACAUGUGAGGAGAUCUGUUACAAAAAAAGAAAAGUGAAAGUAUCUCCGAUAUACGAUAUUGCUUUUCAUUCAUUUUCAUGAAGAAUUAUGAACCUUUAAAGGAGGUAUUAAUAAUGUAAACUUUUUAAAACUAAUUAUUCAAAUGUUUAUAACAUGCCUGCCUUUUAUAACUUAUGAUUUUAAACAAACAAAAAAAAAGUUCCGAUUUAUAUAAGGUUAAUUAAUAAUAAACAUCCUUACACAUUUUGAUUUCUAUAUUUCUUUAUAUUAUGUCAUUUAAACAAAUAUUCACUUUGUAACAGAUGUUUUUACAUGCUUAAAGUAAAAGUAAGGGGAAAUGUCAGUUGGGCGAUAUUUUAAAAAAAAAGUGCAAUUUUCGCUAGAGUUAGCUGUAUGUGAUAUUGGUCUCUUGUUUACAGUAUCAAAAGUCAUUGGCUUAGUGUAGCAAGGUUAAAUAUAUCACUGAUCUUAAAAUGACCAGUGACAAGCUUUCUGCCCUAAGCUCGUGAUUAUCAUUGUAUAUGAUCUGUUGUUGUUGUUUUUUUUUCUUACUAUAUAUUUUUUACUUCCUUCACUCAUGAAGGAGGUGUGCAUGGACUUUUGUCAUACACAAUUUUUGGUUUUUGCAAAAGAAAAUCAGAAUGUAUUGUACAUUUUUUUUUUGAUAUAGAAAUUUUGUUCUUUUCUGAAAUUAAAAUAUUUUUUAUUAAGAGGUAUUGAUGAGAAAUUGUAGGAAAAGAGAAUUUUUUUCUUGUCUUACAUGUUUUGGCAUUUUAUCAUAAUAUCUGGAUUUUGUAAGGUAAUAUUUUUGGAAUAUUUUCUCAUUAUUAUGAGCUUUCAGGACAAAAGUCUGGUGGAAAAUGUCCAAAAAUAUAUAAGAUUUAAACCAUGUGUUGUAUGACAGUAAAAGUCUUGUCACUUCAGUUUAAAGAAAACUACAAAGUCUGUUCCUUUAUCUGCCACUAUAAACAAGUUCCAUCUCGGGUAGAUGAAAUAUAUUAAUAAAUAUAUUAAUGUUAAGUAUAAUUAAAAGAAAAAAACACAUUUAAUAUUUAUAUUUUUGCUCGUUAACUUACUCAAGAUAUACUUUCUGUUUCAUAUCACUGUAUUAAUACAUGUCACUCUGUUAAUAUUAUAUCUUAUCAAAAUCUGGACAAAUUGUUGUAACCACGGUAACCCUUUAACAAAGUCGUUAUUUACUCAUAGGUUUUUUUUUCUCUCUCAUAUAUAUAUCAGUAGCUCAUGUAGUUACAGGUUUUCUUUGUGUAGAAGGAACUUUUUAUGUUGUGUAAGAAUAUGUUUGUUUUUUUUGGACGGUACAAAGUCGUAGAUGUUGAGAGAUAUUGCCACUUCCGGGUGGGACUAAAGUUUCUGCAACGUUAUUUAUAUGCAGUGAAAUUAGUCUCGCAAAGAAGUGAAGAUGAUUGGUUACAAACAAUCACAUGACUGCCUCAUUUGCAUAUUACUGUAUACUAUUACUAUUAUUUAUUUAUAUAAUUUGCUUUUUAAGUUACAAACAAGUUAAAUAGAUUUUUGUUAAGCCAGUGAACUAUAUUCCUACACUAUGACUGUUUACUGCUGUAUUUUAUUUUAGUAUUUCAUAUUGGACUAAAGUGCUUAGGGUUUUGUUUGACAGGAAAUGAUGAUGACAAUGAUGAUGUUGAUAAUGUUGAUAUUCCAGCAACUGUUGUUUUAUAUAUUAUAUAUAUUUAAAUGCUAAAGUGUAAAUGUUCACCCUUGGUGCUAUUUAUUCAUUUAUUCAUAAAAGACGUAUAGAAUGUAGAAAUGUUGUUAAAGUAAAAGAACCUACAGUUUUUGAGGGGGAUAUAAAAGCUGUUUUACUCUAAAUAUGUAAGCUGCCAGUUGAUUUAUACAUUUCAAUUGCAGGUACUUUAUUUCUAAAUGCUUUUGUAAGACUAAAGCAUUGUCUUAAGAUUCUACUUGAAAUUAUUCACAGAUAUGAAUUCAAUUUUUUAUUACAAGUGCCUUAUUGAAGCAGGAUAAUCAAAUAUUUAUCCAACAGUUGUAGUUUUCUUCUCCUGUCAAAAUUAAUGCUUCUGUGAAGAAUAUCGUAAUCUUAUAAUAAACUGUUUUUUAUAGAAAAUUAAGCUUUUAUUGGGAAGUUUUAACAAAAUGAUGUUCUAAGAAAAAAACAAUGAUUUAAGAAUUUUAAUUGAAUACAUUCACAUGCCACGGUUUACUGAUAAAUUGAUUAUGUCUGGUGGAAAGUAUACUUUUCGUGUAUAUGAAUUGUGGGGCUAUGGCAGUUUAGCCAUUUUAUUAUUUUAUUCACCCUUGUAAUGUUCAAAACUGUGAAAAAAUAAUAGAAAAUGAGAUUAGUAGAGUAGUUCCCUUACUAGUGUGUAUAGAUAUGAAGUUUGUUUUUGUAUAUAGAAUAAAAUAUAUUUAUCUCCCAACAUGUUUUGUAAAUAAUGUAAAAUACAUGUACAUAUGUAUAGGAUGCCAACCAUUUGUAAAGCUAAGCCACUUUAUGCAAUUGUUUCCAUUUAUUUUCUUUAAUGGUAAUGAUCUCACUGACUUGUAUGUUUUUGAUGGUUUCAAUUAUGGAGCAUUUGCUGAAACAUGAUGGGACAGUGUGUUAGGGCAUUUUUUUUUGCUUUUUGACUGAAUGUAGCUGCUGCCAGUGGAUGAUAUUUCUUGCCAAACAAACAUGAGCCAUUUUAAUUAUUUUGUUUCAUGAAUACUUUUGUAUGUUCUCAUCAAAACCAGUGCUUACAUUUUUGUGGAUUUUUUAAAAUCCACUUUCUUAUGCAUUAUUUAAAUAUAUUACAUCAUUAUUUGAUUUUGACCAAUCAGAUCAGUCACAUGACACUGCCAUAUUUGUUUCCACUUAUUUGAUUGGUCAAAACACCAUGUGAUAUUGUUUUUGUUGUUAUUGUUGUUGUUGGUGUUUUGUUUUGCAUAAUAACACUUACAAGAUGGGGAAGAAACUUGUAGAAUAAGCAAUGUCCCUUGUUUUGUGUGUGAAAAUUUAUAUCUUCAAAGCUAUUAUCCUAAAUGUUUUAGAAUUCUUACAUUCAUGAACUGGAAGUAGGUCAAAUUUGUGUAAAAAUAAUCUUGAUAAUUUAAUAUGACCUUGACCUUCAUUCCAGAUUCUUUUGGUGACAUGCUGGAUCAAAAGAUUGUAGAAUUUUGACAAAUUUUUGCUGAUUGUUUGAAGAUAUAUCCAUUUCACAUUCAGUAAUUCUACAUGUUGAAUAUUCUGUCACCUGAUUAAUCAAGCAUAGUAGGCCCUUGUGAUCUUGUCUGGAGCAUUUGUUACUGUUGCUUGGUAACAGUAACUAAGGAUCAUUUCAAGGUCGGAAGGUGACCUUGUUCAGGUGACAUGUUGGACUUGAACUUUGCUUGAAGAUCUCUUGCACGGAAUAUUCAUUUAACUGUUCAACCAGAUCAUUCAGUUUGAUAUUUACUCAUUUCAUUGUUUAUAUUGUAUUUUCAUUAUUUUUGUUUUUUACAGUCCUGUUGAAACAUGGUGUCAAUGUAUCACCAUACAUGUAUAUUCAAAUGAUAAAUAUGCAUGAGAUACCAGUUCAGUUUGAUGACCAAACUGUUACUAGCAGUGAAGAGUUACAAGAAAUAAGCAAUAACAUUGUGCAUAAGUAGGCUGAAAUACAACACGUGGAUAUAUAUAUGUAUAUGCUAUAUUUAUCACACUUAUUUUGGCCUCCUAUGCAAUUGUAUUGUAUUUCUUCAGAAGAAUAGUAUAACUUAUCUACUGUGUGACUUUUUUCAAGAAUUUUUCAAUGAACUUUUAUGCACAUAAUAAAAUACUCAGAAAUAUUUGAAAUUCUUUCUCGAACUUCCAAUCAAAUAUUAUAUUCUCUGCAGUACACCAUUUGUUUUUAUUUUGUGGACAAUGUUCCUUGAGUGACAUGCUGGACUCAAGUUUUGCACAAUAGUUUAUACAUAGUCUAUACAUUUCUUUCCUCCUGUUAUUUUAACUAUGAAUUGUCGUUCACAUGUCUUUCUUUCUCUCUUUUUUUUUAAAUUUCAAAAGUGAAUUUACAUAUUAAUGGUAUGAACAAACUUUGAAAAUUGUUGUGCAUUAAUUGUUUUCACAAGAUAAGCAAUUGUCUUAGGUGACAUGAUGGACCUAGGUUUUGUAUUGCAGUGACAUAUAAUGUACAAGUUCCCGCAUAAAACUUUUGUAAAAUAUCACUAAUUAAUUUAACUCAAUUAUAACUCUCGUUUAUGAGUUAUAAAUUGGUUGCAUGUUUUUUUCAAAGAGUCACACAGAGUUGGUUAAAACAGAAAAGAUGGUAAGGAUUUAAAUUAUUGCAUCAGAAAUGGACCAAUGCUUCUUACGUGUUAUAUUAUUUGUAAAUGGAGUCAUUGAAUUACUUAUGUUACCAUGUUACCUUAGAAAUCAAACACUAAAAAGCUGACACAUUGAAAAGUUCUCUGUUGCCUUCAACAAGUAAAAUCCUUACCUCAGCUUCACUACAGUGAAUUAGCCUGGAAAUGCUUGUAGUAGUGGAGAUUUUUAAACUCUGACUUUGACUUUUGAGUUUUUUCUAGGACUAUGCUUUAUGCAUAUGCCUGGAGAUUAAACUAUGUUUUGAGUCAAAGCCACAGUUUGUUUUAAACUUGUCAAGGGCAUUGCAUGCACUGUCUUGACAAGAAUAUCUGUCAUUGUUAACAAUAUUUGUGCAUGGUGUUACUUCUAUUUGAACAAAUUUAUAAUAAUUGUGGGCUACUGAAUAGAAAAUAGAAUUUUAUCUAGAAAAAAUAGCUUUUUAGAUGUUAACAGUGAUAGAUAAUUUUUUUUUUCCCAGAGAGAGUAAGCUCCCUUAGAUGACAUGUAGGAUCUAAGGCUUGCACAAAUGUUCACAAAACAAUACAGAUGUUUGUUCCAUGUAUAUGAAAGCUUGUCUUUAUGAUCCUUUUUGAUCAUGCUAUCAUACACAUGGUACUUUUAUAUGGUGUACAACAUAUAGCUGUCUUUUUGCUAGCAUUGGAGUUAAAUUGGCUUUUUUCGUUUCAUAUUUUUCGUUGAGCUUUGUUUUUAGUUCUGCUAAGCAUGCUAUUGUGCAUUUAUGUAUGCUUUGGUUAUGCUGUAGGAAAAAGAGAAAUUGUUAGAAAGAGCAAUGCUUGUAUAAAAGAUGAGCUAUUAUCAAUGGAUUUAUUUUUUUCUGGUAUUUACUAGUCCAUAUUUUUCCCUUCAAUUCUCUGAAGGGAUUGUCAAAAAUUGUCAUCUCAAGUUAUUUUUUAAGGGAAUAAAGUGAAAGAUUAAUCAAAAAUUAAUAUAGAUAACCAGUUUUUCUCGUGCAAAGGAAACAAAGUUUUGCUGAAAGAUUAUUGUGGAUUAUUUUAGAAAUAUUUUUCCCCUGAAAUUUUGUUUUUAAACUGGUUUAAAUAGUGAAUGGAAACACUGCCCAGUGUAAGAUAAGUGUUUAGAUAAUAAAUUUACCCCCCCCCCCUUUUUUGUAGAUAAAUGAGGAAUUAUUUCUUUCAAUAUUUUAUGCCAGUAUUUUGACAUGCAAUUUUUGUAUAUAUAAUUGAAGUAGGUGGAUUGAUAAGAAACUGUUUAUGAUUGUUAGACUUUUAACCCCAUUAGUACAGACAAAACAUGUGCUCUGGGAACUGCAGUUGCUGGAAUAUCGUCACUAUGCCAAUAUAUUUAUGUACAAUAAUUUAUUAAUUUGUUUCUGUUCAUCAUAUGCAGAAAACCUUACUUUUAGAGUGGAUUUAUUGUACAGGUACAAUAAUUUUCUAAAAAGCAUGUAAAUAUAAAGGUAUCUGGUUAGGCAUCUCUCUUAAGUAAGCUUGUUUCUUUAUAUGUUUGAAAUUGAAUGCACCUGUAUUAAUUGUACAUGCAUACGUAUGUUUUUAUGAAGAAAACACAAUAACCAAAUUAUUUGCUUCAUAUAGAUUUUAAUAUUUCAAUGAAAUUACACUUAAAUAUGCAAAUGAGUGUACCAUACUUUAUGCAGAUUAGGAAAUUUUAUGCAGAUGAGGUAUGUCAUGAUAUGCAAAUGAGUAGCAGUCACGGAUAUUUUGUAACCAUGUUAGUUAUUCAUAUCAUAAAAAACAUGUCCGCUUUUAAUGUACAGAAUAUUUUGUAUUGUUUCUAUGAAUAUGUACAUUUAUUACUAUUAUUAUCAUGUAGCAAAUUAGUAAUGAGUUAUCCACAAUUAUGAUAAUAAUAAACCUGUUUUGCAUUAUC